CGCACCGCGCGCCGCUCCUCUCCGAACAAUGCUCCGCGCCGGAGGGCGGCGCGGCGACCGACGGCGAGGCCCCGGGAGCGCAGCCCCGAGGAAGUCACUCUCGGCCCCACCCCUGCCACCCGCAAGACUACAAGAGCGAGCCGGGCACAAGAUGACACGGCACCCUGAGGGCCCACGAUGCAGCAGUCCAUCCGACUGAACCCUGAGCCCUUGAAGAUGUCAGCGUGCAGCGACUUUGUGGAACACAUCUGGAAGCCCGGGUCCUGCAAGAACUGCUUCUGCCUGCGGAGCGACCACCAGCUGGCGGCCGGCCGGCCCCAGCCCCGAGCAGGCAGCCUGCCCCCCAGGCCCGACAACGGCCGCCUGGAAGAUGACGGCGUGAGCAGCUCGCCCUACUCCAAGCCCACGAUCGCCGUGAAGCCCACCAUGAUGAGCUCGGAGGCCCCCGAUGUGUGGACAGAGGCCGGCGUGAGCACCGAGGUCUCGCAGGUCAUCUGGAGACGAGCCCCCGGCAAGCUGCCCCUGCCCAAGCCGGAAGACGUGCCUGUAGUGUACCUGGGCAGCUUCCGCGGCGUCCCGAAGCCCGUUGGCCCCUGCGCCUCCGCCGAGGGCGGCCCCCGCUGCCCACCUGCCUACGCCGUGGUCGGCCUGCACAGCCUGGAGACCCGGGGGGACAGGAGCCCAGCCUUCCACCCCGUGAGCUUCCCGGACGACAAGGUGGGCCGGGAGGAGAAAGCCGAGCUGCCCUCGGCCCAGGAGAGCUUCCGCCAGAAACUGGCCGCCUUCGCGGGUCUGAGCUCGGGCGGGCCCCGCGGCCCCCGGCCCUGCCCCUCGCCGCCGCCGAGGGGGUCGCUGCCCUCCGAGGACGACAGCGACCAGAGGUGCUCGCCGUCCGGGGACAGCGAGGGCGGCGAGUACUGCUCCAUCCUGGACUGCUGCCCUGGCAGCCCCACGGUGCAGGGCGCCUUGCCCGCCGGAGGGGACUGCUCACCCCCACGCUGGGAGCCCCCCGCCGCCGAGGAGAGGCGGGCCCUGAGCGGUAGCCCGGGCCCUGCUGCCUACCCGCCCCGCCUGGGCCCCAAGAAGCCUUCGCUCACCUCGGAGGCCGCCAGCUCCUCCGAUGGCCUCUCCUGCUGCAGCCGCAGCAGCGGCACCAGCAGCCCCUUCGCUCCCCACCUCGACAGCGAUUACUGCUCCCUGGUGAAGGACCCCGCCCCGCACCAGGACUCAGGCGGCUGCCACGUGACCCCCAGCAGGUGCCUGGGGCCGGCGGGGGAGCCCCAGCCCAGGGAGGCCAUGCGGCCCGAGCCCAUCUAUGCUGAGAGCACCAAGAGGAAGAAGGCCCCUCCAGGCCCUCCGCGAUCCCAGGCCAAGGCAGAGCAGACAGCAGCUGCCCAGGGCCAGGUGCGGGCCAGCGAGGCCAGGGCUCACAAAGCAGCAGCUGGCUGGGGCCGGGACAGGGAAGGCGCAGACAUGGCUCCGCAGGUGGGUGCCACCAUCACGGUCAUGGCAGCCCACCCAGAAGAGGACCACCGGACCAUCUACCUGAGCAGCCCGGACUCAGCGGUGGGCGUGCAGUGGCCGCGGGGGCAUGGCAGUCAGGACUCCGACGUGGGCCAGGAGGAGACUUCAGCCAGGCAAGGCCUGAGCUCCAGGGAAGGCCAUCCACACGAUGCCAGCGAGAGUGGGCCCAAAGGGAGGCCUGCCAUCCCCCCCAAGCUGUCCAAGAGUAGCCCUGGGGGGUCCCCCGUGUCACCAUCCCCCUCCCCACUGGCGGACCUUGGUGAGGGCGGCCUGGGGCCCGCACCUGUAUCCAGAGGCCCUGCUGAGCCUACUCCUUCCUGUCGGACCAAUGGUGCUGCUGCCAGCGACCCUGUCAGGUGCCCGCCACCUGCUGCCACCCCCUCAGCCGUGGACCAGAGGCGGCCCAGGUACCAGCCAGGUGCUUGGAGUCGCCAGUGCCGGAUAGAGGAAGAGGAGGAGGCAGAGCAGGAAUUGCUGAGUCACAGCUGGGGAAGAGAGACAGAAAAUGGCCCCGUGGCCCCUUCCAGCGCCUCCACCUGGCACCGUGUGCACCCCACCGACGGCUCCUCCUCCGGGCAGCACGGCAAAGCCAGCACGGGGAUGAGCAAGUCGGCUUCUUUUGCCUUUGAGUUUCCCAAGGACAGGAGUAGGAUGGAGACUUUCUCACCUCCUCCCCCGCCCCCGAAGUCCAGGCACCUUUUAAAAAUGAACAAGAGCAGCUCUGACUUGGAGAAAGUGAGCCAGGGCUCUGCAGAGAGUCUCAGCCCGUCCUUCAGGGGCGUCCAGGUCAGCUUCACCACCGGCUCCACCGACAGCCUGGCCUCGGACUCCAGGACUGCCAGCGAUGGAGGUCCAUCAUCUGAGCCUGCGCACUCACCCACCAACAACGGGAAGAAGCUCUUCGCUCCCGUCCCGUUCCCCUCGGGCUCCACGGAGGACGUGUCCCCCAGCGGCCCCGCACAGCCACCUCCACUUCCCCAGAAGAAGAUAGUGAGCCGGGCGGCCUCUUCGCCCGACGGCUUCUUCUGGACGCAGGGCUCCCCCAAGCCACGGACUGCAAGCCCCAAGCUGAACCUAAGCCACUCGGAGACCAGCGUCUGCGCUCAGGACGAGUCUCCCUUCAGCUGUCCCUUGAGCGCUGGAGGCCGCCACCAUCAUGUCUUCUCCUCUUCCGAGCCUCUGGAGAAAGCUUUCAAAGGCACUGGGCCCUGGGCGCCAGCACCAGGACUGGCAGGCAGCCAGAGCAACUGCGGGAGCCCGAGCCUGCAAGGCAGAGGGACCCCCUCGGCCUCGUCCUCCCAGCUGAGCGUGUCCAGCCAGGCGUCCGCCGGCAGCAGCCAGCUGCAGCUGCACAGCCUCCUGAGCAGCAUCAGCAGCAAGGAGGGCACCUAUGCCAAGCUGGGGGGGCUCUACACCCAGUCCCUGGCCCGCCUCGUGGCCAAGUGCGAGGACCUCUUCAUGGGCGGCCAGAAGAAAGAGCUGCACUUCAACGAGAACAACUGGUCACUGUUCAAGCUGACUUGUAACAAGCCCUGCUGCGACUCAGGGGAUGCCAUCUAUUACUGCGCCACCUGCUCCGAGGACCCCGGCAGCACCUAUGCUGUGAAAAUCUGCAAGACCCCUGAGCCCAAAGCAGCCUCCUACUGCAGCCCCUCUGUGCCCGUCCACUUCAACAUCCAGCAGGACUGCGGCCACUUUGUGGCCUCGGUGCCGUCCAGCAUGCUGGCCCCUCCCGACGCACCCAAGGACCCUCAGCCGGCCCUGCCCGCGCAGCCCCCAGCCCAGGAGCAGGACUGCGUGGUGGUCAUCACCCGCGAGGUGCCGCACCAGACCGCCUCUGACUUCGUGCGGGACUCAGCCGCCAGCCACCGGGCAGAGCCCGAGGCGUACGAGCGGCGCGUGUGCUUCCUGCUUCUGCAGCUGUGCAAUGGGCUGGAGCAUCUAAAGGAGCACGGGGUCAUCCACCGCGACCUGUGCCUGGAGAACCUGCUGCUGGUGCGCUGUGCGCCGCAGGCCGCCCCCGGCCCCGCCGCCCCACCCACCGCCGCAGCGCCGGGCCAGGCCGCGCCUCCCCGCGCUGGCGCCGCCGCGGCCCCCGCAGCGGGAGCCACCCCGAGCCCGCCGCCGGACGCCCCCGCCUGCCAGGGCGUGCCCGGGGACAAGCAGUUGCCCCGACUGAUCAUCAGCAACUUCCUAAAGGCCAAGCAGAAGCCGGGCGGCUCCACGAACCUGCAGCAGAAGAAGAGCCAGGCCCGGCUGGCCCCCGAGAUCGUGUCGGCCUCCCAGUACCGCAAGUUCGACGAGUUCCAGACGGGCAUCCUCAUCUACGAGCUGCUGCACCAGCCCAACCCGUUCGAGGUGCGCGCGCAGCUGCGGGAGCAGGACUACCGGCAGGAGGACCUCCCGCCGCUGCCGGCCCUGUCGCUCUACUCGCCCGGGCUGCAGCAGCUGGCGCACCUGCUGCUCGAGGCCGACCCCAUCAAGCGCAUCCGCAUCGGCGAGGCCAAGCGCGUGCUGCAGUGCCUGCUGUGGGGGCCCCGGCGCGAGCUGGUGGAGCAGCCGGGCCCCUCGGAGGAGGCGCUGUGCAGCACGCUGCACAACUGGAUCGACAUGAAGCGGGCCCUGAUGAUGAUGAAGUUUGCCGAGAAGGCCGUGGACCGCAGGCGGGGCGUGGAGCUGGAGGACUGGCUCUGCUGCCAGUACCUGGCCUCGGCCGAGCCCCGAGCCGUCUUGCAGUCGCUGAAGCUCCUGCAGCUGCUGUGAGCCCGGCGCCCUCGUCCUGCACUUUGGCUGCUCCUGCUCGCGCGCCUGCCCCGCCCCCGCUGCCCUUGCCUUGUCUUGCAAACAUCUGUGUCUCCCUGGGAAAUGGUACAAACGGCUGUGAUGCUCGGAUGUAAUAUAUAUAUAUAAAAUAUAUAAAUACGGAUGACAAAGGGUGUCCUUGCCUUGACCUUGGCCGUGGCCUCCUCUCCUCACCAAGCUGUCCCCGGUUUUUUCCUGUAAUCACAUGCGUUUCUCGCACAGUGCAAGGUCUGCCAACAGAAUAAAGCCUGGACAUUGGCCUCACUACCCCAAGACGAGAACCCUUCACCCUCCUG